UGGAAGGCCUCUAGAUGGUGCAGGGCUGUUCUUCAGGGAGGAGUGAAGAGUCCUGUGCAGCUUGGGAACUUGCAACCUUGCCAAAGAGAGGAACCAUGAGCCGUAAAGUCGUGAGGUCCAGUAAGUUCCGCCACGUCUACGGACAGCCGGUCAAGGCCGACCAGUGCUACGAUGACAUCCGAGUGUCCCAGAUGACGUGGGAUGGGAACUUUUGUUCCGUCAACCCCAAAUUCCUGGCCAUCGUGGUGGAAGCCAGUGGCGGAGGGGCCUUCUUGGUCUUGCCUUUGUCUAAGACGGGUCGCCUGGAUAAGGCCCACCCCGUGGCGUCUGGGCACACGGCCCCUGUGCUGGAUGUGGAAUGGUGUCCCCACAAUGACCAUGUGAUUGCCAGCGGAUCGGAGGACUGUUCUGUGAUGGUCUGGUCGGUGCCGGAAGGCGGCCUGGUGCGAUCCUUGAACGAACCCCUGGUGACCCUGGAAGGACACUCCAAGCGGGUGGGGAUUGUCGCGUGGCACCCAACGGCGCAGAACCUCCUGCUGAGCGCAGGGUGUGACAACGUCGUAAAAGUCUGGGACGUGGGUGUCGGGCAGGCAUCGCUCUCGCUGGACGAGCUGCACCCAGACGCCAUCUACAGCGCGGCCUGGAACCAGGACGGCUCUCUGCUCUGCACGGCCUGCCGGGAUAAACGCGUCCGGCUCUUUGACCCCCGGGCCAGGGGCACCACCGCCAACGAGCUGCCACGGCCUCAUGAGGGGUCGCGUCCUGUCCGGGUCGUUACCGUGAAUGACGGCAAGCUAUUCACGACGGGCUUCAGCCGCAUGAGCGAGCGGCAGGUAGCACUCUGGGAUCCGAGGAAUCCCGAGGAGCCGUUGACCCUCCAGGAACUGGACACGAGCAGUGGAGUCCUUCUGCCUUAUUAUGAUCCAGAUACUAAUGUGGUUUACCUGACUGGCAAGGGCGACAGCAGCAUCCGCUACUUUGAGCUCACGGGAGAGGCGCCGUUCGUGCACUACCUGUCCAUGUUCAGCUCCAAGGACUCGCAGCGAGGCGGCGGCUGGAUGCCUAAACGAGGACUGGACGUCAGCAAAUGCGAGAUCGCCAGGUUUUACAAGCUCCACGAGAGAAAAUGUGAACCCAUCGCUAUGACCGUGCCUCGGAAGUCAGACCUAUUCCAAGAAGAUCUGUAUCCCGAUACAGCCGGCCCGGACUCUGCGCUGACAUCGGAGGAAUGGCUAUCAGGGAAGAACGCCGGCCCCAUCCUCAUCUCUCUCAAGGACGGCUACACUCCCCAGAAGACCCGAGAGUUCAAGGUCAACCAGACCCUCCUUCAGGGGCCCAAAAGAAACCAACAUGAAGGCGCAUCGCAGGGGAGUCCAGCUUUAGAACAGCUCUCCGAGGACCUGAAGCGGCUCCAAGCCACUGUCUCGGACCAGGAGCGACGCCUCUUAGAGCUGGAGAAGAUUGUGAAGAAAUAGCUCCUCCUGCCAACCGAUGCUGUCCUCCAUCAGUCACACGGGACUUUGUUUCGCUGGUCUUUUUAAAAACCCUUUUCUUUUUCUUAUGGGUGGAUCCUCAGGGCAUUAUUAAGCUCCACCCACCCCAAACUCAGGGCAGAAACUCAGCUUGCCAGUUCUAGACAGGCCCUUCCUCUGGCUAGCUGGGUUCCACCAGCUGCCUUGGUGUUGCUAAACACCCCCCACCCCACCCCUGCUAAGCCCCUACGAGGGCAGCAAAGGCAAGCAGUCUUUUCCUGUACAAUCUGCCAGGGGGGCGGUAUUAUGCAUGCUUGCUAUUUCUCCCAGAAAACAAUUCCCUUCCCCUGGACUUCCUUGGGAAUUGUGUCGAGAGCACCUCCUUUGCUCUGCUUUCGAGGGCAGGAGGUGCACCUCACGCUUUAAUGAGGGCGGCGAGGUUCAAUCGAUUGGUUGGUUAAACAUUUUGAUUAACCAGGGUGCGUUUUAGUUUAUCAGUCAGUAAUGUUUCAAUAUAUAUAUACACACAUAUACGAGCAUUUCUAAAAGCUGCAGAUGGCAAGAACCCUCUUAGUAGAAGCAUUCUCCCCUUUGUGUGUGUAAGGGAAGAGGACGUGCAUCUUAAGAUGUGGGCUGUGACGCACGUGUGCGUUGUUUAAUAAAAGUAUGCUUGUUUCUUUAGAACAGUUGUCAUGCGGCAGUUCAUGCAAAUUUAAAUCGGUGCAAAUCCAUCUCCAACCAAGAUCUCUUUGUGGCAGUAGUACUUAAGUUUGUCUAAUGAUACUUUUAGCCACAAUACUAGUUGACCCAGGUAUUUCUUCUGCUGACCAAAAUGCAAGCUCACACAAAUCCACGACCCUGCUACUCUAUUCCUUCUUGCUACCAGAAGGUAGCAACACCCACCCACAUCCUACAAGGUUUUUAUUUUAGCCACCAGAGGGCAGCACCUCCAGUCUUUUAACAAUAUAAGCACAGCCGGACUAGGCCAAAGGCCUAUCUAGUCCAGCAUUUGUGUUCUGCAGCAACUGGCACUGAGAUGCCUAUUGCCUCUGACGAUGGAGGUGGCUAGUAGCCACUGACAGCAUUAUCCUCCAUGAAUUUGUCUAUGUCCCUUUUUAAAGCCAUCGCUCCAUCCUGCAGUAGCAAAUUUGACCAUGUGCAGCAUGAAGUUGUGCUUUCAUCUAUCCUGCCUCUCCCACCAUUCAGUUUCGAUCUUCCUCUUUCAUUAGAUCCAGAACAAUCUUAUUUCAUUUAUCAGUUCUUCACUGGCCAAUACUUUGAGAUGCAUACAGAAAGAUCAAAGUUUUAUAUGACCAGCCAGCGGGCAAAUCUUUCACUUGUGGAGGAAAGUAGACUUCAAUAAAGCCUAUAAAUUGCUGGUGUCGCUUUGUGCCCGGAGUAAAAGUUAAUUAGGACAACUAAAUAGGAUAACUAAUCAACCAAUUAGUUUAUAUGGUCCCAAAAGGAUGUUUAACAAGCGACUGGAGGGCAGAGAGAAGGGGUCUCUCUCAAGGCUUGGUUUCCAUGCUUUCCUACAAAGCCAAAAGUGUUAUGUUUCCAGCCAUAUUUAAAAGUUCAAUUGGAAGCUUUUAACCUGAAGGAAGAAAGCUUUUUUAAAACAACAACAUACUGCCCUCCCCCCCCAGUCCCCCCAAAACGAUCAGGGUAGGAAGAGUUGCAGCCUUCCCAAACUAGAGUCCCUCCAGAUCUGUUGUGACUGCAUUUCCCAUUAUCCCCAGCCAAUAUGGUCAAUGAUCAUGCUGGCUGGGGGCGAUAUUACAGUCCAACGCAUCUAAAAGGUACCUGGCUGGAGAAAGGAUGAGUUAGAGAGAUGGCCUUCAGAGCAGAACAUCAACAGGUAGAACAGACAGACAUCACUCACACAGAAGCUUUUUGGCUGUUUAAUUUACUGCUUCAUGCUCUUUCAAGUCCUCCUAGUCCUUCUGGAGUGACAUGGAUGUGUCCCGUUGUCUGCAUCUAAAGUUCAUUCCAUGGUGCUGUUGCACUUGUCCUCUUAGGGUACUGGGUUUGGUCUCCGUACUGUUGCCUUUCUGUCAAGUGGGGGUGGGUUCCUCUCACUUAGCUUCUUGCUCUUUUGCCCACUGUUCUGGUGUCAGUGUUCUCUGCUCAAAGGCGUGAAUGAGUUUCAGCUCCUCUGAUAAGAGUUCAUUCACCAGCCUAGGGGAGGCAGGGUGGAGAGGGGAUGGAAAUUAGAAGAAAUUCAAGAAUACUUUCUUGUAUUAUCUGCCCUUAGACAGUAAUGUGUGUUUCUAAAGUUUCAAUCAGCUCAGUUUUAGUGACCAACAACAUAUAACAAUCAUGGAAAAGCAGACUGUUGUUCAAGAGGGCGCAUGUGUUGCAAUCAGUGAUGUGGGGUAUAAAAACGUUUGGCUGCUGUAUUCUGUGGGAAAUUUUCCAUUUCUAAAAAUGAAUUGGUUCAUAAGCAAUCCUAACCCACUCCAAAGGCCUGCUGAGGGGUGUUGGGUAGAUGGAAGUGCCACUCCAUCAGUGGAAAAUAGCCAGACUGCAGGUACUCCUGUAGAAAGCUUUGGGAGCGUAGGAGUAACGUUGGUGCUCCUGCCAGUGACAGGGGAUGAAACUGGGCAUUCCAGGAUCACGUCAAGGAUGGCCUUGGCUCCAGUCUCCCCUUGUUCCCCUGAGGUACCCCUGAAUUGGAUCUUGAAGCUGGCAUAAUUAAUUUCAGCCUCUUUGGUUACAAUAGGACAAAAAACGUAAAAAAGUAAAAAAAACUUGGGAAGCAAUGGAUCUUCCACCAUGGAACCUCCCAUCCUAAAAAGAUAGGAUUGCUCUGCCCAUUAGUAUCCAUUCAUUAUGUCACCCCCCCACCUCAAAUUGGUCAUUUUCAAAGUUGUAACUAACUUUUUUCAUAUGACUUAUACUAUUGAGAUCUCUCUCUUCUACAUUGUUCUUUGGGCUGUUGGUAUGUUAAGUUCAGUGCCUUCAUUUUCUUUUCUUAACAUGUAAACUAUGUAAGGGAACUCUGUGCUACCGACUUGUCAUGUCUUAAAAUACUUGCAAGUGUUCCAAUAAAAAUAAUUUCCAAGUAAA